AUGGCCUCCUCUAGCCCGGUUAUCCGCCACGCGCGUCGUGAAGACGUCCCCAUCAUCCUUAGUCUCAUCAAGGAACUUGCAGAAUACGAGAGAGAGCUGGACAGCGUUUUGGCUACCGAAGAAUCUCUCGGAAACACCAUCGCUUUUGCACCCUCUGAUCAGACUACCUACACCCCCGGCAAGCCGGCGACAGAGCCCACGUCGCCCAGUAGGCCUGCGAGAUGUCUUCUGCUAUUCAAUGAGCAAGGAGAGGGCGUCGGCAUGGCCCUGUACUUUUACAACUACAGCACAUGGCGCGCCAAGCCCGGUGUCUACCUCGAGGACCUCUACGUACGCUCCACGGAGCGCAAGAAGGGCUACGGCAAACGUCUUCUGGUCGAACUAGCCAAGGAGGUUGUCGCCAUGGACGGCGGCCGCCUCGAGUGGGUGGUGUUGAAGUGGAAUGAGCCGAGCAUCAAGUUUUACGAGUCCAUUGGCGCCAAGGCCAUGGACGACUGGGUUGGCAUGCGCGUUGAUGGCGACGCCCUGCCAAAGCUGGCAAGUUUGUUGGAUUGA